AUUGUCUUUGGCAUCUUGCAGAUAGAACUGUGUUAGACAUCGCUUGCGCUCUAAGUAGAUAAAAGUAUCUCCAAAAAUAAUUUGACUGUACAUUAAAACAGAAAAGGCAAACCAAUUUUGGAGAUGCGGGGGAUCGAACCCCGUGCCUCUCGCAUGCAAAGCGAGCGCUCUACCAUUUGAGCUACAUCCCCAUAUGUCUUAAGCUUUAAUUUGUUUAUAUAAAUACAGUGUUCAACCAAAAUAUCUAUCAUAACAACAAACUACGAAUAAGUAGAAAGUACAACUAACAAAACUGAAAUAGCUACGAAUAAGUAGUAAGUACAACUAACAGAACUGAAAUGAUUAGUGAGAAAUGCGUUAACCACACAAUUAUCUUAGAUGCGGCGUGCAACAACCCGAGAGGGCCCCCGCAUAGUUUGUCAGUUUCUUUUUCUUAUUGUACGUUUUACAAAUCCAACUUACUAAAUAUAGUUUUAUUUCUCUCUAAAAAUGUUCACACUUAAAUACAAUCAGUUUUUAUUCACACUACAAACCAUAUAUCGUAUUUGGAACUUUGUAACCAACUGAUUGACUUACAAGUUUCUUUACAUAUAUAUAUAUAUAUAUAUAUAUAUAUAUAUAUAUAUAUAUUAUCAAAUCAACUUUCAUUUUCCAAGUUCUCUACAUCAUAUCCUGUCUAUUUCGUGCUUCUCCUAAAAGAGUGAUCUUAAGACCCAAUCAUCAUGAGAAUGUUUCUAGCUCUCUUGCUUCUCUUGGCCUUGAGGCCCUUGACCACAUCUUCAAAUGCAACUUACUGUCUCUGCAAAGAUGGGACAGAAGACAACGCACUUCAAGCAUCAAUAGACUAUGUUUGUGGAAAAUUAGAUUGCAACCCAAUCCGUGACAAGGGUGCUUGUUAUCAACCAGACACCAUCAAAAGCCAUUGUGAUUGGGCUGUUAACAGCUACUUCCAGAGUCAAGCUCAAGCCCCUGGAAGCUGCGUAUUCACUGGAACUGCCACUACCAGUCAAAACCCACCUUCAAAUUUGGUUACCGGAUGUGUCUAUCCUUCAAGCCCUAGCUCUCCAGGGUGUUCUCCUUCAACCAACGGUGCUUCCAGUUUGGUCAUUUCCCCUGCUUUCGCAAUCUGUUUAUCAACACUAGCGUUUCUGAUGUAACGUUCGUGUGGAGACAAAGACAUCCACAUGGGUCCGUCUUUGGUUCCCUUUUGGGUGGAAAAGGAAGCUUCAGUGGUCAUUGUGGUUUAUAAUUAUGUUGUUGCAUUUAUGGGAAAGUUGCUCUAAUUAGAAUCUUGAGUAAAUAAAUAAAAUAAAAACAGAGCAUUAUGAUAAAGACUUGUCAAUAAAAAGAUACCAUAUUUUUAUAAUUUCUAAUGAUCAAUCAUAUAGACUAAAGCAAAAUUUAU